GGGGAGGGGGCAGAAAAGAGGGGACGCUCUCCUUCAGUCUGCCUCUUUCCCUGAUCUAGCGGAGGUGGAGAUUUGCAAUCCCACCCAGUCAGACGCCGGCAGGAGGAUUUGCUAAGACUACCCCAGGAAAAGCCUCUCGGAGGAAACGGGCGGCGGCGGCGGCGGCAUGCGGCGGAGCCCAUGGGAGGACGCGCGCCGGGGGUGAAGAAGUGAGAAAUACCACACUGAGAAACACUGAGAAAACCCUAUUUCAUUCAGUUUGCUCAUUUGGGACUUCAAGAUGGAAGCCUUGUGUUUAAGAGUCUCCUUGCUCCUGCUGGUUCCAGGAUUUGCCCUCAGUGACAGCUCUGACAGAUACAGCGCCAAUCGGAGCGAUGUGGGGAACUAUCUUCCCACCUUCUCAGGAAUGGAAUCCAGUGUACUCCUCACUACCAGGCAGCCCCUGGUGUCCAACCAAACUGUCAAGUGCUCCCAGCAGACUAAAAUUGCUGAAACUUUUAAAUACAUUAACACAGUGGUGUCUUGUGCUAUUUUCAUCGUUGGAAUGGUUGGGAAUGCAACUCUACUGAGGAUCAUUUACCAGAACAAGUGUAUGAGGAAUGGCCCGAAUGCAUUGAUAGCCAGUCUGGCACUAGGAGACCUUAUCUAUAUUGUGAUUGAUAUUCCUAUCAUUGUGUACAAGCUCCUUGCUCAGAAGUGGCCUUUUGGGAAUUCUGAAUUUGGACAGUUUCUUUGCAAAUUCCUUCCCUUUAUACAGAAGGCAUCAGUGGGAAUCACAGUCCUUAAUCUCUGUGCCCUUAGUGUGGACAGGUACAGAGCAGUUGCCUCCUGGAGCCGUGUUCAGGGAAUUGGAAUCCCUAUGAUCACUGCUAUUGAAAUUUUCUCCAUUUGGCUUCUGUCCUUUAUAUUGGCUAUUCCAGAAGCAAUUGGUUUUGCUGUGGUACCUUUCAGAUACAAGGAUGAAGGUUAUGUUACCUGCAUGCUCAAUCCUACAAAUAAAUUUAUGUUGUUUUACAAAGAUGCAAAGGAUUGGUGGCUGUUUGGUUUCUAUUUCUGCAUGCCUCUGGCAUGUACUGCUAUCUUUUACACACUAAUGACUUGUGAAAUGUUAAACAGAAGGAACAGUAAUUUGAGAAUCGCUCUCAGUGAACAUCUUAAGCAGCGUCGAGAAGUUGCAAAAACAGUUUUCUGUUUAGUAGUGAUUUUUGCUCUUUGCUGGUUUCCUCUCCAUCUGAGCCGAAUUUUGAAGAAAAUGGUAUACAAUGAAAGAGACCCUGGCAGAUGUGAACUGCUUAGUUUCUUGCUGCCACUGGAUUAUAUCAGCAUCAACCUGGCAACCAUGAACUCUUGUAUAAACCCAAUAGCUCUCUAUUUUGUGAGCAAGAAGUUUAAAAACUGUUUUCAGUCAUGUCUUUGCUGUUGCUGCUCCCAAUCUAAAAGUCUAGUGACCUCAGUGCCCAUGAAUGGAACAAGCAUUCAGUGGAAAAAUCAAGAACUAAAUCAUAACACAGAUCGCAGCAGCCAUAAAGACAGCAUAAACUGAAAUUUAAGGACUCUGGCACCACUUCAGAAUCAAACAAGAAAAAAAAAGUCACAACAAAGCUAUUUCAACAGGAAGCCCAGUGAGUGCUCCAUGCAACAUAAUCAAUUCAGAAGUGUGCACCCUUGUAUAUAAUUCCAGAGAUACUAAGUAGGUUGACUAUAAUGUCUGUGUUCUGUGAACUGAAAUCCUCUGGAUGGUAAUUCUGUCUCUGAAAAAUAUAUUGAUGUGUUUAUAAAACCAAAAAACUGACUUGAACCACACAUGUGGUUUGCUCUUCUGAACCAAGCAGGAACUGUCUUGUAUCUCUGACUGGCACACUUCAUCCUUUUUACCUAUUGUCACCUAGAAUUAAUCACCAUGGAAUUUUUCAGAAGAUAUCAAAAUGGAAUCUGUGACUGUAUACUUUAUCUCUGCCCAUUUGUCUUUUAACUUUUAUUUGUGGUGGAUAUAUUGCAUAACCAGUAUGUUUUGCAUGUUGUUGGUGGGUUUUCUUUCAAGUUUAGGUUUGAAAAUGUGUCGGUUCACAUCAGUAUUUUAUUUACUUAUGUUACGAGUCAGGACAUUAGCUGGGCAGUUCACAUCUGUAGCACUUAAAUACUCAAAAAUAGGAAAAGAUCAUUUAAAAUAGCACCAACAUUUGGCACUUAAACACAGAUUAAUACAAAAAAACAAGGUAUUAAUAACAGUACUACACUGUGUUAUUUAUUUGAAUGCUCUCUACAAAGUAAACAUAUUCUGUACCAGCAAAGAGAAUGAAAAAUGUCCAUAGAGGAGCAUCCCAUGUGUUUCUAAUCAACUGCCAUGUUAAUUCUUAAACUACACGAAUCUAUUAAUCUAUCUAGAUAAUAGCUGCUUUAAAUAUAAAUUGAAAUGAGGAUCAACGGAAUAUAGUGAAACAUUAUUAAAGCAGUCCAAAGAGUUUUAAGAAUAUGAUUACUAUCAUAGUAACUAUGCACAACACUAUUUAAAAGGACAGAAGGUUAUACUGAAUAUAAAACUAUGGAAGUCCAUAACAGUUAUACGUGCAUAAGGACAUUUUGUACCUUAUGUUUGCAGAGUUUUUUGCCUUACUCUCACAAAAUUUAAUUAUUUUAAUAGGGCUUUUAUAGUUUACUAGAAUUAUUAACCAUACAAAUGCUAUUAAUAAUAUAUAGAAAUAUUGCUUUCAUACAUGUAAACAGGUGAUCUAUUUUUCAUUUCCAUUCAUUAUGGUUACAUGGCAAGAGAUUCAGUUUUUGGCUACAAAAAAUUGUAAUAGGUAGCCUUUUAUUAAAUAAUGGAAUUAAAUAGUGUGGUAUCAUGUAUAAAGUGCCUCCUACAUAAACCUGCUAGGAGAUUUAUAGCAUCUGUUGUGCAAGGUUGAGAAGCUGUAACUAAAACUCCAUGAGUUUUUAAACAUCCAGUUACAUUUCAAGUGAAAGACAUAAUUCUGAAUUUUUUUUUACAAAGUCAAAAUAUUAGUGCCUACAGUGACUUCUGCUGCACAAGUUUUCCAAAUGUUUACAUACACACAAAUAUUCUAACAUACAUUAAAAAAAAAUUCUUUAGUUUAUAUAUUUUUGUGUGCUUUUGUCUCUAUGGUAUAUAUGCAUGUAUAAAUACAUACAUAUUUAUGAUAACAUGUUAUAAGCCUAAAUACAGUCUUUUGAUAGUGCUCUGUAGUAGUGCCCAAGAGCAAGCUGUUGAAUGAGACUUGGCUAAAUUUUAUUCAAAGCUUUUCAUCCUCAACUUGUAUCAAAAAUUACAGCAAAUGAGUAACAAUGCUUUCCUCUGAAAAGGAUGGUUUAAUGGGUCUCUUUAUAGUCUGACACCCUUACUGCCGCUGUGACAGAAUGUGUUGAGUGGAUGAUAAAGGUAAACAGAAAAAACAUAUGAGGAAUGAAUUUAAGUGGUAAAUUGCCAGUUCAUUAUUUCAAUGCAAGAAAAAAAAAGAAAAAAAGAAAGAAAGAAAGAAAAAAAAACUUUGUGGUCUUUCCCCACCUCUGGCUAUCUAACUAUCUGACAGUUAGAUGGACCAAAAAUUCAUCUCAUACCAACAGAUCAAGUAUGUAGUGGUUCAAAGACAAUCUUUUCUACCUGUCUGUAUAGGGCAGUGAGCAGUAGAGGCAAUCCAGGCCACAGAUAACCUUAGGCUUCUUUACUGCUACAAAAAGAGGACCUACCUGCAAAAGUUCAGCUCUUACCUACUUGUGAAAUAGGCCAUCUUUAGGCUCUACUAGCACUGACAAUAACCACAAGUCAUAAAAAGCUAACAGCUUUCCUUCCAACAUUAAGACUUUGAACAUCUGUUGUUUUUAACCCAGUAGCUGGCUCUGUUGGAUGGCAAGGGAAGUACACAUACACAUGCACACACAAAGCAGACUUUAAGCCAGUUCAGCUGGCUUAAAUAUGGAAAAAAUAUGUUCUUUCUCCCUACAGGCUGACUGACCUCAGUGACAGCAUUAUAAAAUACACAAUUGGUAUCCUUUGACUAAAGAAAAAAAAAAAAGGAGCAAAGCAUCUAAUAGAUGCGAGUUUUUUUUUUUUUUUCUUUUAGAAAACUUUAAAAAGUUCUUUUAGAAGCUUGGUUCUAAGAAUCGAAGCAUACAAAAGCUAAUUAGUGAUCCUCAUCCCAUCCCCUCCAGCCAGUGGAAGGACAGAGCAAGCCUAAUCAGCAAUGAGGAGGAGGUCUCAAACUUUGUUUUGCAUUGUCAUGGGGGCUGCUGCUCCCACAAGCUAAUCAUAAAGAGAAAGGCUGUUACACAGUGACAGCUCUGGUGAGCAGGAACUGAUGUUUCAGUAAAACUUAUUAAAGUACAUACUUAUUUAAUUCUCCUCUACUAUUGCCUCUUGCAUUGGCUAUGGUAAAUAUUGUUCCUAGUAUUGUAAUUCUUCUCAAUUUUGAAAGACUUACCUUUCCAAAAGAACCAACAAAACCCUUCCAUGACUCUGAAAUUCAACUACCAUAUUUAAUUUUAGCCUUUUCUUUUUCUGCCAAUUUCUACAAAAGGUGCUCUGACAUUUAUUUUUGUGCAUCAGAAGCAAUGUAGGUUUACUUGGGAUUUUGCUCUGCUGCUUUCUCAACAGAAACCCAGAGAAGCACAGCAGCUGCUUUCUCUUUCACAUCAGAAUAGCUUUCCACAAUAAGUAUCCUUCCUUAUGCCUCCCUUUUUAUAGAUGCUUUAAUGUCUCCUGUUUGUUUUCCUCUCAGCUGAGAGGGAAAAGUCUAGCCUUUUCUUCAGUUGACAGGAUCUCUGCUACUCCUAAGUUUCUUCAGUAUGGAAUCUUAGAAGAUCCAUCUCUCAGUCCCCAAUCAGUAACCUUGACUUCAUGCCUGUAUUUACAUUUAACACCUUUAAUGCCUCUUUCAUAUUAAUACUUUUUUUCCUACUCCUGCUUAAUAUUGUGUCCUUUGCAUUUAAAAGCUUCUGGCUCAGAAUUAUUUUGCUGGGCAAGAGAAGUAUUUACCAAGUUUUCAGUAUGCUUCUUCAUUUUAAUGUUCUUUUCUUAUUCUUCACUUGUUCAGAUUCAUUUGUUAGACUUCAUUAACAUCUGUUUGUCAUAAUUAAAAUGCAUUUAGCUAUCACAAUCCUCUCUUCUGUGGCCUUCACAAUUCUCAACUUUUUUCAGGCCAGUCAAGUAAAAUGUCAUUGACUGUUUUGUAUACAGUCAUACAUCUCGACUGCAAACACUUUCCAGUCAUUGCUUCCAUUUUAAAUCCAGUUACUAUCCUUGUUUUUAAUUUGUACUUAUUCAAACCAUCUCAUUAAACAUUUCCUCUUUUGUUUAUUUUAUCUUGAUUUGAUCCAGUAUACAUAGGCUCUUAUCAUAUUUAUGUUUAUAUGUAUUUAUUUACAUAUGGAACUCUUCAUGCUUCAGAUUUGACCUAACUAGCUCCUUCGGUCUGGGAAAUAAAAAAGUGCCUGCCUAUGCUGUAAUCCGUCAUAAAUCUUACCUGUAAACUCUUAGCUUGGUUCCUUGAAAUGAGGCUUAUGCAACCCUCAAGUCUGCAUAUGUUUAUAUUUGCUUUUAAGACAGCCAGUUUCAGGUGUGUGCCUGCCUGUUCCUCAAUCUCUCAAAAAUAACUAUUGAACUCCUAAUCAAUUUCCAAUAAAUUUUAUAGACUAGAGUUCUCAUCA